AUGAUGAUGGAAUCUAGUAUUAGUACCACAUCAUCAACAAUAAUAACAACCCCACAACAACAACAAGAAAUAAUAACAAUGGCAACUGCCAAUGAAGAGAUUAAUAAUAAUAAUGUCAAUAAUAAUGGAUCACAUCAUCCAUACCAUUUUAGUAAUCAUUCGCUAACCAAUUAUUUAUCUUCACCUCAAUCUACUUCAACCUAUACAUUUACACCAUUUUCAUCGUCAUCAUCAUUAUCUGAUAUAUCGAAUAUUUCCAAUUGUUCAGAAAUGUCAAUGGGUACAAUAUCCAAUGGUGAACUUGGAGGUAUUAUAAUGGACUUUUCAUCUAGAGAUCUCACCAAGUUACCUUCAAAAUUACCAUGUGAAAAGGAUCGUAUAGAGUCAUUCCAAAGUACAAAUAAUCAAAUAACAACUAUCCCAGAUGAUUAUUUCUUUCAUUUUAAUUCACUUACUACAUUGAAUCUAGAUAAUAACAAGAUUAAAAAAUUACCAAAAUCAUUAAAGAAAUUAAAUAAUCUAUCAAAUGUUAAAUUAUCUAGAAAUAAGAUAAAAAAAUUCCCAAAUGUAUUAUUAACAUUAAAUAAUAUACAAUGUUUGGAUUUAUCAGACAACAAGAUUAGUGGUAUACCAAAAGAUAUAAACAAGAUGACUGGAUUAAAAGAAUUGUAUAUAACAAAUAAUCAAAUAGAUAUCAUUCCAGUUCAAGUGGCCGAAUUAACUCUAUUUAUAUUUGAAAUCUAUGGUAAUCCAAUUAUACUACCUCCACCAGAUAUCAUCGAUCAAGGUAUUGAAGGUAUAUUUGAUUAUCUAAUAGAUGAAACAAAUCAAAUUCAUUUCCAAAAACAUCAAAAUAAUACUUUGGAACAACCAGUUCCAGUUGUUCAACCUCAACCAUCAUCCAAAGAAUUACAACAACCAAAUAAUAAUAAUAAUAAUAUGAAAAUGAAACAUAAAUCAAUGCCACCAAUAUCAAUUAAAUCAUCUGAUUCAAAUAAUAGUAAUAGUAAUAAUAAUAAUAGUAAUAAUAGUCCAAUUAAUUAUACGAUGGAAAGAAAAUUAAGUGUUGGUAAUGGUUCACCUUAUAUUUUACCAAAUACAAAUGGAAUGUUGAGAAAGACAGAUUCAUCCUUUUUAACUCCAAAUAUGAAUAUAAAUGGAAUGGUGAUUGGUUCAGCCAAUCGAUCAAUACCAGUUAGAGCAGACUCCAAGUUAUUUUCAUCGUCUGGUGAUUCAAUGGUUAUUCAAGCGUCGCCAACUGCUAUAACCAAUACUUAUUAUACACCAAAACGAAUUAAACCAAAGUUGUAUAAAAAGCCAUCAAAGGAGUGUCUGCAGGAUAUCCAAAACAACCUGUUACAUGUACCCGAGGUGACUAGUACCCAGUCUAGCAGUAGUGGUAGUGGUAGUGGUAGUCCAUCAGAUGACGAGCAGACAUCAGACCCUUCAAAAUGGGUGACUAGUUCAUCAACCAUCACUUUUAUUCAGUCUACUCAACAAGCCGAGAGAGAUGCAUCCAAGACCACUUCAUUUAUGAAUAAACGUGACCAACGAAACUCACAAAAGAUAUUGGACAAGGAAAUCAAAAAGAUUAGAAAGGAAGAAGAAAAGAGAGAGAAACGUGAAAAGAAGUUAAAUAGUAAAAAGGUUGCAAUGAUGGAACCAAACAAAAAACAAUUUGAAAAACAAUUAGAUCAAGAAUUGGAAAUGGAAUUAGAGCUGGAACAAAAACCAAUGAUUGAAGAUGAAAAUGUAAAGGAAGAGGAAGAAGUGAAACAACAAAUAGAAGAACAACAACAACAGGCAGAUGACACAUAUUCAACCAAUUAUUGUACAGUAUCAUCAGAGAUUGUUACAACAUCGGAAUCAGUUGAUACAAUUGCCAGUUUUGUAUCAAGCUCAACAUUGUCUGAUAGUAGUUCAAUGAUCAACACUCCAUUUACUACUCUGACUCAAUCAUCAGGAUAUAGUGUGAGGAGAAGACCUUCUAUUAACCAAGAUUUAUAUCAACACCCAAACCAUGUUUCUUCUUCUUCUUCUGCUUCCACCACUUCUUCUUUAUCGUCACCCCAACAACAAUCUUGUUCAUCAUCCAAUGAAAGUAUGGAUUCAGUUUUAAAUGAAUCACCUCCACAACCAUCGAUGUCAUCAGACAUGUCCUCUUCCAACAAUGUAACACCAAUCAAUCCAUUGACAGUAUCCACGUCAUCCAUUUCAUCUAUAAAUAGUAACACCAACACCAACACCAUCACUGCUACCACAACGACACAACAAGUGAGGGUAUCAAGAUUACAGAAAAUGGCAACAGUCCUUAAUCUCAAUAUUUCCAAACCAUUUGUAUCGAGAUCAAAAGACGGAUCGAAAUCUCCAGCAAAUAGUGUCUCCCCAAGAAUAACACCUACCACCACCACCGCUGCGGCUCUAUCACCUCCUUUGUCCUCCUCUCCAUCAUCAUCAUCAUCUUUCAUAAACUCAGCCAAUACAACACCCAAAUCGCCACCUUGCACGCCUACCAGUAGCACGAUCGCCACCACGACCACCACAACCACAACCACCGACGACAAUAACCUAUCAUGGAAAACAACAUCCACACGAAACAGUCAUAGUUACAGCAAUGGAGCUGGAUCUCUUCGGGAAAGAAGAGGAACCAUAGCAUCAGAGAUGGAUUUAAAAUAUAUAAACAAAUCGAGUAGUAUUAGUACUAGUGUUAGUUAUUAUGGUGGUGGUAGUUUUAUUGGUCAACAUGCCAGUACCACCAAUACUACUGGCAGUAGCAGUAAUAAUAGUACAGGUGGAAGAUCAUCACCAUCGGGUUCAAUAUCCUUCCCGCCACUAAUAGAGGUACUACACGACGACUAUUCCAAAGAGUGUUUUAGAUCAUUCCUCAAAUCGGAAUUCUCAAACGAAAAUCUGGAUUUUUGGUCGAGAAUUGAAACGUACAAACAAUUGGAAAGCAAAGAUAAAAAAGUCAAGGAUUCCAUCAAAAUAUAUAACCUAUUCAUAUCCGAUAAAUCACUAACACAAGUCAAUCUACCAAGUAAUUGUGUAAAGAAAUUAGAUGAUACAUUUAAUCAUCAAAAUGUAAAUAAUAAUGAUAUAAAAGAAAAUAUUCAAAUGAUUGAUAAAUUAUUUUUAGAAUCACAAUCUUUAAUUUUUAAAUUAAUGGAAUCUGAUAGUUACGAAAGAUUUAAAAGAAGUAGUCAUUCAAAAAUUUGGUUAAAUAUCAUUCCACUCCCAACUCAACUCAACCCAACCUUAAAGAAAAUAAGAAUUGAUAGAGAUAGAGAUAUGGACGAUAGUGAAGACGAUGAUCUUUUAUUACAAGGCAACAAAAAUGGACAAGUGAGAAAGAAAGUAUCAAGAUCAAGAUUGUUAUCAUCUUCCCUUACACCACCCAAUUCAUCUAUAUCUUCAUUGUCUUCUUCUUCUUCUUCUUCCUCUAGUUCUAGUUCUAUAAAACGUGAACGUGAUAUUGUCAAUAUUGACGAAGAUGUAGAUAAAGUAAACACGACAACAACAACAACAAUGACUAAAAAGAGAGUAUCUGUUGCAACACCAACACCAAAAAGAAAAUCUGUUGCUUCAUCAACAACAACGACCCCAACAACAACAACAACUACAUCAGUACCAAAGAAAAUAACAACAACAAGAUCAAAGAUUGAUUAUCUUGAUGACGGUGAAGCUACUAUCAUUGAUGACGACUUUGAAUUCUCAUUUGAAGAAGAACAACAAGAAGAACCAAAAAAGAAAACAAAACUAUCAUCAUCUGCUAGUAGUAGAAAAAUAGAUGAUUUAGAUGAUUUAUUGGAUGAUGAUGAUAAUGAUUAUGGAGAUGAUGGUGAACAACAAGACGUAAAACCAAUUAAAAAGAAAUCAGUAUCACCUGUUGCAACAACAUCAACAACAUCAACAACUGAUAAACCAAAACGUAGAACAAAAUCAGUUGGAGGAAUCAUCAAGGAUAAAGAUGAAACUAGUACUACUAGUACGACCUCUACUGCCACUACCUCUUCUGCUGCUACUAUUAAACCAAAAAGAAAAUCAAUUGAUCCAAAGAAUAUAUUUCAAUCUGAUAGACAUAAGGGUGAUAGUGAUGAUGAUCAAGAUGGUGGUAGUGACGAUGAUACUUUGGAACAAAGAGUAUUAAAACUUCACAAAAGAAAGGAUUACGAUGUACAAGACAAGGAGUUUAAACCACCAAAAGAAGCAAAAAAGAAGGCUCGAUUCUCAACGGUUGGAGGUCAAACGGAGCUACAACGUGGAAAAGACAAGGAAUUGGAAUCAAAAAAGAAACAAGAACAAGAAAUACUGCAAGAGAAACAAAGAAAACAAAAAGAGAGUGAAGAGAUAUUGCGAAGAAAGAAAGAGAUGGAUGACAAGGAAAAGGAAAGACAAAGAUUGGCACAUGAAAGAUUACAAAAACUUACUUCUACAAGUAAGAUUAAUCAACCAACUCCUUCUUCAUUUACACUUCCCACCUCUUCAAGAUCUUCUAUUCUACCACAUGUUACGACGAGAUUGACGACGACGACGAAUGUUCCUCCUACUACUAGUAAUGCAUUCUCAAAACCAACUAUAUCUUUUGGUGGAACUUCACCACCAACAUUUUCAUCUCCUCAACCAUCAUCACUUAGAGAAAAACAUGUUUAUCCAAAGACACCAAUUGCUAAAACCAAUCUUGGUCGUGGUGGAUUCCCAUAUCAAGCUGAAACACCUCUACAAAUGCCAUCUAAACCCAUUUUCCAAACAUCAAACGACUCGAUUUCAUAUGAUACCGAUGAACAUGUAGAGUUUGAUACCUCAUCACCAAUGGACAAUGCAACUCUACUAGAUCAACAUGAACAAGAAUUCCAACAUCAACAAUAUUAUCAACAAUUACAAGAAGAACAAGAUAGAGAAUUGGAAGAAUCAGGUGGAGGACAAUUUGGACAAUCUGGACAAUCACCACCACCACCACCAAUCGAUGACAACCAUUCAAAAUCAAGUCUAUCAUUGAUUUUUGUAUCAUUUUUGUAUUGGUUCAUUACACUAUUUAUCGUAUUUGGCUUUUAUUAUAAUUUUAGUGAAAUCAUUUAUUGUGAUACUGAUACACUUCCAAAAUAUACAAAUGGUAAAUAUUCAUGUAUGCCAUGUCCAGAAAGAGGAGUAUGUUUUAAAGGAUCAUUUGUUUCAUGUUUUGAUGGAUAUAUUAAACAAGGAGAUGAAUGUAUAGUUGAUCCAAACAAGGUGGAAACCAUGUCAACCGUUCUCAACAAGAUUGAUUAUGUAUUGCGAGUACACAAGGGCAAGUUUGAAUGUGGAGUGACUGAAAGUUUCGAAAUGCCCUACGAACGAUUGGAAUUUGAAUUUGAUCGUUUGUUUUGGAUCAAAAAGGCAGAUAUUUCCGAUUCAUUCAAGGUUCUCACAUCUUAUCUCGAUGGUCGUCAAGGUGCACCAAUCAAAGAAUUAACAGUCAAUGAUCAAAAACUAGCUGAUCAAAUUUUAUCUACCUAUGAAUCUGAUUCACAACAAUAUUAUUAUCAUACUGAUAGUGAUUCAAUUAGACCUUUAUGGUGUCAAACAUUUAUUACAAUUAAAAGUAUAAUCAUGGGAUAUUUACCAAUUAUAAUAUCAUUGGUUGCAUCUUAUGUAUUUUAUAGAUACUAUAAAUUCUCACAAAAGAGAAAACAACAAGAAUUGUUAAUCGUCGACGAAUGCUACAAUGACUUGAUUAGAAUACUACAAAACAGAGCCACCAACUACGAAGUUCCUUGGAUAUCGGAAAUUCUACUCAAAGACGAUAUCAUUGGUGAGGACCGUUCGAAAAAGGCUCUCAAAAUAUGGGACAUGGUUUUGGAAAAGGCCUACAACAACAUUAGAAUCUUUGUUACUCCAAGACUAGUCCACGGUGAAUCACAACAAACUUUUGAAUGGAGAGGUGAUGGUGCUGGUUCUCUAUUAGCAAUGACUCCAAUGAAAUCUCAAGUACCGAUCCAACCUAUCCAAGAAAUUCAACAAGAUGAUGAUGAAGAAGAAAUUAAUGAAACUAAUAAUAAUAUAAUUUUAAAUAGCGUAAACGCUUGGAAAUAA